GUUGGCUUGAGUUCUUCGACAACGUUCUUGCGAUUCCUUGUAUCGAAUUCAAAUCUUAUGACGAUUCAGUAUGAUUUGUGACAUCCGUUGUUCACGGAAGUACCUUACUACUUUCGACUCAUCGGCCUCCCAGUUACUGCCAUGUCGUCGCAAACUCAUCUUGCAUUCGUGAGUACAGCUGUUGGGAUAACAUCUGUUAUUCAGGUCCCGACACCAUCUCCUGGACCUGGUGAGGUGACGGUAAAAGUGGCAUUCAGCGCAGUCAUACCCCUUGACACAUACGUUGCGGAUUAUGGUCGAAUCAUCAAUGGCGAAUACCCACUCAUAUUAGGCCUCAAUCUUAGCGGAGUUGUGGAAGCCGUUGGCCCUGGUGUGGGCGGCCUGCAAACGGGAGACAAGAUUUGUGGAUUUACAACGAGUGGAUCGAAGGGGAAGGGUUUACAAGAACGUGCAAUUAUACACAGUUCCGCGUGCGCCAAGCUCCCCGAUGAUUACUCCCUCGAAGCAGCUGCAACAAUUCCCGACAACUUUGUAACUGCAUUUUACACGCUGUUCGAUCGUUUGGAACUUACUCCACCGACAUUCCCCGUCUCUGUACCACCUCAUCAUGCAGAGACUCCCAUCCUCGUUUAUGGUGCGGGAGCUACGUCUGGUCAAUACGCUGUUCAGCUGUUAGCCCUUGCUGGGUACAAGCGGGUCAUUGCAACAGCAUCCCCUCGCCACCAUUCUUACCUCAAGUCUCUUGGCGCCGCCCAUGUCAUAGACUACAGCGCUGACGACAUGCUCGAGAAGAUCCUACUUGCCGCAGGCACAAAGCUUCAAUUUGUCUUGGACUGCAUCAGCGCUGAGAGCACACUCAAAAGCAUAUCCAAUGUCGUUGGCUCUGACGGUGUAGUCGCCAUGCUAUUGCCAGUGACGGACGGCACUAGGCAUGUUGCAGGGAAAGAUGCGCAAAUGUGGAUGGAAUUACCGAUGGACAGAAACCCCUUCCCAGAUUCGGUGAAAGUUGUAGGCGUGAAGGCGAUACUGUACCAGCAGAAUGAGUACCUUCGUGACAACCUGAUGCCAAAGAUUCUCCUUCGACUGUUGGAGGAAGGCAUCAUUAAACCCAAUCGAGUUCGCUUAUUUGAUCAAGGAUCAUUACAAGAUCGGUGCCAGGAUGCUUUUAAUGUAGUACGAAAUGGACAGGUCAACGGAGAGAAAGUGAUCGUGAAAGUAGCAUCCGAGUAGCUCAUUGACUGGUAUUGGAGCGGAUAAGGAACAUAGUCAUUUGGAUACUGCCUGUAUAUGAGAUACUUGUAAGACCCAGAGAUGUAGUACUAAGUAAUCGUAAUCUUAUCUUAUUGUUCUCAUGGUAUCGUAGC